CUCUGCGUGCCACUUACCUAGACUCACGAAUUCCGUUUGUGUGAAACAGAAGUGCCGCUGGUAGGAGACCAUGGCGACAUGGCUUUAGCUCGUCCUUAGUUGACCGAGCUUUCCCCAGUAGUCAAACAGGCUAUGUGCUGUUGCAGUAGGCUAAUCUUACCUCCUUUUUCUAGCUGCUGGCGUUGACGGGAUUCUUUUGUUUUUUCCGUGUGCAGAGCAGGUCUCCUUAGAUUGCGAUUAGGUUCGUGGCUGGUGAAGCAGCGUAAUAUCUGCUACGAAACCUUCGCAUCCCCGUUAGCCGUUUCUUCGCUGCUAGUAGUCAUGACGACCAUAGACUCGGGCCAAGAGCACGAGCACCGCCUCACACUGCUCGACCCCGUUACUGUCACAUGCAGCUCGCGAUUCGUUACGAGAGACCGUCGCAAGAGCAGCGCGGUCCUGGACCCUCAUCAAGAGUUCCCGCCUCAGGAAUUCCACAUUCCGAGCCGCCUCGAGAGUAUCGACGGUGCGUCGUUCCCGUUCUGCCGCGUGCGGGAAGACUGUCCGUCCAAUAGUUGCUACAGUAGCAGCGCGCUUUACGGCCAGAUUUCCGGAAGAACUCCCGGCUUAGCUGGGCCUGGAACUUCCGUUAUAAGCACUGGUUGCUGUCACUCUGCGCAUGGCUGCUCCGGUCACAGUCACUCCGGCUAUAGUCACUCUGAUCAAAGUCACUCGAAUCAUAGUCACUCCGGCAACAGUCAUUCUCAGGGAUCCGUUACAGACGGGUCUCGAAAACCAAGCCCGCUGGCCGACCGAACGAAUCUGGCAGUGCGACCCAGACCCGCGGGUGGUCAAGGAAGCGAAGCAAAUCUGGCGGCGCAACCCAGACCCGCGGACAGACUAGAUUCGUCCGCUCCCAUAUUAGGGAGCGAUGCGAAGACCGCUCAGGUGCUUCUUAAUCACCAGAACCGGCAGUAUCAACACCAUCCACGUCAGCAGCAGCAGCAUCCACGUCAUCAUGACCCAGGAGCGCCGACAACGAAUCCUCCGCCUCUCGCUACAACUUCCCUCGCUAAUGAUCCUCUCACUAAAGGAACAAGCAAUGUGACUCAAACGGAGCGGAAAGCCGGGAGCGGCCGUGGGUUCUUUGGCAAGUUAAAGAAUCUUUUUCCUGUGCCGGGAUUAGUUGGUCGGCGCAGCGAACCCGCUAUUUCCCGGACCCAAAAACCAGCCGCAGAACAGAAAGGUAACGUGGCGGUUGGAAGCGUGGUGCCUGGAAGCGGUUCCGCUGGUUCCAGUUGGGUGAAUGCGGAAUCUGGAGGUUUGGCUGAUGCGCACGAUGCUCAUAUGGGCAGGGAGUCGUUUGGCCGACCGGCUGGACGCGGUAUAGUGCGCUCCGUUUCGCUUACAGUGACGGGGACGAGCCACAACGAAUACGCGGAUACAACCGGCAGUUUGGAGGAGAGGGGAAAAGCGGAUCGAGGUGGCGGAUACAUGCAUGGUUGGACUCGAAGAGGGAGUGAUAUCAGUAGCAUCAACGGCGCUACUGGCGUUACUGGCAUCAGCGCCUUGGGAAUGCCGAGGCUGGUGGCAGGCAUGGAUCUGGCCGUACCUGCUGGGUUCGGUAAAUGGGGUGCGGGAGGAGGAAGACACGCGUGGGACAUGGAGGGAGGAGACGGAGUGGGUUGGAAGGGUGGUGGCUGGGGCUUUGAUGAUAACGUUGCUGGUGGUGCUGUUGAUUCUGUUGGUGGUGGCGGUGGUGGCUGCGGGUGUAGUGACUCUAGGGACUGUUGGAUGGAGGGGGAUAUGACUGAGAGGGCGUUCCUGGAGUCCCUUAUAGCGGGGGAGAGCUUAACGGGAGCAGCGGAUGGCUGCACGUCGCUCGUUGUAACCAUGUUGUGGGGCUCUCCGUGCCACGUAGCAUCCGCCCUCUGCCGCGCCUAUGUGUGCAUCACAGCGGCCAAGGCAGUGGCGUGGGUGGCGUCGCUGCAUCUCAUGGAAGGCACAGUGACUCGUUAUAAGGAGCAAGAGUGGGAGCAAGGCGCCCUGACUAGCUAUAAGGACGGGGAAGCGGAGGCUGCUGGUAACGCAAUGCAAAGAGAUUAUAGUGAUGUGGCAGAAGGUUUUGAGUGUUCUCCAACUAGACCUAGAGCAGAUUGCGAUUAUUGUGUAACUUGUGGAGGUGUUGAGGGAAAGAGAGGGAGCCAGAGAAAGCUGCAGCUGUGCUCGCAUGCGAUGUAUCAAGGAUCGGUGCGUCGAAGCAGUUAUCAUAGUGGAGAAGACCCUCUUGUCGAGCAGGGUGUGAGAAGCGGGAAGCAGGAGAGGAGGCGGGGUUAUUCGAGGGAGCAGGCGGGAGAUAUGGAGACCCAGGAGGGGACUGGUAGGGGCUGCUAUGAUGCAGACACAACAGCACACGGCCCAAACAUGCAGACGUCUGCAGGAAGGACAGCAGCAGUAGCAGAAACAGCAGCAGCCGCAGAAACAGUGAAAGAAGCUGCAGCUGCAGCAGCAGCAGUGCAGCUGGAGAGGUGUGCAGCGAGGGUGGAGAUGGACCGACUGGUGCUGGACUGGGUGUUUGGGCCGGGAGAGAGCACAGGCAGGUGGGUAUCUGGGCCGGGAGAGAGUGCCGGUAGAUGGGUGGUAGAGGGGGGGGAGUGUAGGUCAACGUUCGACAACUGCGGAGAGAGGUUUCUGGAGGAUACUCGUAGGUUUAGGACGCUUCAGAACGAGUUCUCGGAGGGCAAUCAGAGUUUUGAGGCAUCGCAAAAGGAGUGGCUGGUGGGCACUCAAAGCGCACGUGGGGAGGGAGAGAAUGGGGCCGUUUUCGGUAUUUUAGAGGAGGGGUCAGCGUCCACUCAAGAAGCAUAUGGAGAGCAACGAGAGUUCGGAGGAGCCCUACCCUGUAUUUUAGAGGAGGCUUCUGACUGGACUGGGGAAGCACAAGGAGAGCAGCAGGGUCCGGUUGGGAGCAUGGACCUCCCCUGCAUGUCGGAAGAAGGGCCGUGGGGAAUCUCCGCCUCUUGGCCUCGAGGCACGAGAGGGGUUGGGAAUGUGUGCUGUAGCGUGCCGUCUCUUACUGCUAUCGAGUCGUCCAGUAUCGGGUCAGAAGGGGGAGAGGGCGGUUUGGCAGAGACAGAUGCAGAGACAGAUGCAGAUUCUGUGACGCUGAACUCUUUUCUGGCAGCUUUUGAAGCGGGGUUUGCUGCUGAUAGCAGUGGGAGAGCCCUGAGGGGCACUGUGAGGAGUGAGAGAGAGGAGGUGCGAGGUGAGACGGGCGGAGGAGGGGAAAGGGAAGGGGGGGUUAAGGAGAGGGGGAAGGGGAGGGAAGGAGGUGGAGAGAGAGACGUGAGAGGCGACAUUGUGAGAGGAAAGGGGGAGGUUGAGGAGGCGGGGAGGGCUGGGGAGCGGAGAGGGGGAGAAGAAGGUGGAGAGUGGGAGGGGGAGGGGUCAGAGUGUGAAGUGUUUGAGGAGGCUGGUAGUGAGGCAGGAGAAGCGGAGCUUGAUGUAUUCCAGGAUGGUAGUGGGAGUAGUGUAGAUGAGAAGAGUGAUCUUGAUGCGCCUCAAGAGUCAGCUGUUAGUGAAGCAGUAGAAACGGAGCUUGAUGUAUUCAAGGAUAGUGGUGGGAGUACUGCAGAGGGAACGGCUUUUGAGUCAGCUCACAAGUCAUUUGUCAGUGAAGUAGAGUCUGCGGCGUUCAGGAUUAACAACAGGAAUCCUGCGGACGAAAAGGUUGAGUUUGACGAGCCUCAAGAGAGCUCGCUUGCUCUCGAGCCAGGCCAAGCUGAUCAGGGGCGCACUUGCAGUGCUCGACAGCAGCAGGAGGUGCACUACCAGCAGCAGCAGCAGCAGCAGCAUCGGUUCUCUCCUCUCUCUCUCAUGCCUCAAGCAUGGAGCCCCAGACUUCACCCUCCACAGCAGCAGCAGCACCAGCUGGAGCAGCAGCAGCAGCAGCAGGAGCAGCAGGAGCAGCAGCAUCUGACAGGAGGAGGUGAGAAGUGGGUGUCUGGGCUGGAAAAGCGAAGGCUAAGCUGGACCAGAUGGGGGAUGGGAGGAGCGCGGGAGAGUGUGGGGAGUGGGCUGAGCGCAGGGGGGAGCAGCAGGGAGGGUAUACUUCUGGUAGAAGGGGGGCGAUACAGCAGCGGCGCUGGCAGCAGCAGGGGGUAUUGCAGCAGAGAGAGCAGCAGCAGCAGCAGCAGCAGCAGCAGCAGCAGCAGCAGCAGCAGCAGCAGCAGCAGCAGCAGCAGCAGCAGUAGCAGCAGCAGCAGCAGCAGCAGCAGCAGCAGCAGCAGUAGCAAUAGCAAUGGUGGGAGAGGCAGGAGCAACAGUAGCAGUAGCGGCAGUCAUGGAAGCAGCAGAGAAGGUUCGUUGGAUGUGGAUGGCCCUGUGGGUGAGGAGAGGCUAUGGGGAAUGCAGAGGGAUGAAUUCGGGCUUACUUCGUCUUUUGAGACGUCUCCAAACCGGGGAGAUAUACUCGGGCUUUCUUCUUCUCUUGCUAUGCCUCCCAACCGAAGGCAUAGGCUCGGAGUUACAUCUCCUCUUUGCUGUGCUACGGAAGAGAGAGAGGAUUCGGACUUAACGGUUCUGACGCUGGGGCGAGCAGUGGAGAAGACCGGAGAGGGGAGACGAGGGAAGGAUGGGGAGGCCGGUGGGUUUGGAGCGGAGGAGGAGGUGAGAGGGAAGGUGGGAGGCGAAGGGGAGGAGGACGAGGGGAGGGGGGGAGGCGAGGAAAGGGGCAAGGGAGCAGCGAGGCAGCAAGUAGGCAAGAGAGUCGAGCAGCGGCAGUCAGAGGAGUGGUUGCAACUUGCUGUAGGGUCUGGGUCGUUGAUGGGGUCAUCCCGUUUGGAAGCUGAUUUGUCGUCGGAGGCCAGAACCGUGCCACGUGGCACGACCUCAGCCUCUCCACGUGGCGCAGCAUCGGCCUCAUCUCAUGCCACGUGUCGUCACGCCCAUCCCCAUGACAACCCGCUUGACAACGGUGACCUUCGGGAUCUGGUGACGCGCCAGCAGGGGCAGAUAGAGGAGCUUCGGUCCCUGCUAGCGCAGCAGAUGGAGGCGUGUCACGCCCUGGCUGCUGCUCUGAGGCUUCAGCAGCAGGAGAGGGUGAAUCUUCGGCCUCAGGAGAAAUUGCAGGGACAAGAUAGGGAACGUGAGAAUCAGACAAACCACCGUGCUCGGGAGUUAAUGCAGCAGGAGCAGCAGGAGCAGCAGGAAGAGCCAGAGCAGCAUCAUGUGGAGGAAGAGCAAAGACGGGAGGGCGAGGGGUUCGAGAACGAGAUGACUUUUGAGUCGACUCAAAAUUCGUUGGAGCAGCGUAAUGUGGAGGAAGAGCGAGGACGGGAGGGCGAGGGGUCCAAGAACGGAAGGAAGGGGGUCAGCUUGCCACGGGAAGUAGAGGGGAAGAAUGCGGUGGGAGGAGUCGGGGAGCGGUGGGAAGCGGUGGGGAGGUACGGCGGGGGUAGGGGAAUGGAUGGGGAAGAGUUGCAUAUUGGGUCGACUACAGAAAGGGGGUGGAGGGAGCUGCAUUGGGGCGAGGGGUUGAUGGGUCAAUCUGGGGAGCUGAGGGGAGACAUCACGAGCCUUAAAGAGCAGCUUGCUCAAAGGGCCGACCGUAUCUCAACGCUCAAGCGCUCGCUCCUCGACACCAUGGCGCAGCUCAAGUCCCGCUCUCCCUCCCCUGGACCCGCCUUCUCCCUCCCCUCCCUCCACUUCCCCUCUCUUCACUCCCACUCUCCCCAUUCGCACUCACUGCAAGCCCAAUCACUGCACUCCCGCCCAAUCCUCCCCCCUUCGCUCCGGCUACAUUCGCCCUCUCCCACACACUCCCCUUCGCUUCCCUCCCGCCCCACCUCCCGCUCCUCUCCAUCUCCCCCCAUUCAUAGAACCGUCUCCCCCCACUCGUAGUUGAUGCACGCCCAUACACCUUCUCCCAGACACCCCCCCCCCCCCCCCCCUCUUACCCCUUCGCUUCACUCCGCCCCGCCUCUCGUUCCCCUCCCCGCCUCUCGUUCCCCUCCCCAUCCUCCCCGCUGCUGUUCCCCAUUCUCGAUAUCCCCAUUCUUUCUCCACUACUAGUGCACAGUGCAUACCAAUCAUCCCCUCAGUCCCCCCCCCCCCCCCAUAUCUCUAUGGGGUUUCUUUAGAAUCAGGUUAAAUGGUGCCACCUGUUCUCUAGAUUGUAGGUAUGGCACUCCUGGUUGAAGCUGUAUGCUUUUUUCCUGGAGGCAUGCAGUGCAAUGCUUGCCCAGGCCCGAUGUGGGAGAAUGUCACGAUGAGCAGCGCAUGUAUGGAUGUGGUAGCAUGAGUGGUGCAGUCAACCAAUUAGCAGACUCCAGGAAAACACUGCGCUAACCUACAUAGUCUAUC